AUGUCAUACUUCAGCGGCAACACGGACAGACCGGGCCAUGAGGACUAUACGAUAGGUCUGAAUAGGCCUUAUGGUCCUCGAGUUCAAGCCGUGAAUGUCGAAAAGAAGGAUCAACGAUAUUCGAUCAAGCAUGAUAACCCCGGCCCCACGGUGGGCACCUGGAGGAAUAAUCUGGCGGCCUCCUCCCAGCGUCGUAACUUGCUUUUCGUCGCUUACGGAAGCGAUAUUCACGUCUGGAUUCCGUCAGGCCCGUUUCAGCUUCUAGGCUCUCAGGCGGAGAUGGUCAUCAAGCCGGUCAUGAAGGAACCUCUCGCGGAUGGAUACAUUGACCCGACGAAUCCUCACACCAUAAACACGAUCCUGGUGGAUGAGCUUGGGCGAGACGAAGUCUUAUUGCUGGCUACGGACUCUGGCAAUGUGUGCGGAUACCAUGUGGAAUCUAUUUUCGGUGCAGUCAAGCGCUGUGCAAGAAGCAGACAGGAACGGCCAUUUGACGGCGCAGAAGUGACACCUUUCUUUGUGGAGAACGUUGGGAUGAGUGCGUGGGGGCUAGCUACUCACAAAUUCGCCAGGCUCAUCGCCAUCAGUGCAAAUACCGGCCAGAUCAUAGUCUACGCAUUUGCUCUGGUUGACCCUUCGGCAGAAGGCUUGGUUGACGUGGUCUCGACGUCCGACUCGGACGGAGUGAAUGCAACUCAUGCUGACCAAACAUGGGUGUCCAUUCAUACCAUCAAGCAACUUCGAGAGUUGCAAAAGUUUAUGCCUCGCUUCUAUCGUUCCCGCAAUCUGCGGCUGACAUAUCGAGGCCAUUUUGACAACAUCCCUCACGUAUCCUUUGCCAACUUUGACUUGGACUCCAACGGCAUGUGGAUGGCCAGUACCGACAUUAGCAACCGUGUCAUCAUAUGGCGCAUAUGGGACGACCUAGGCCCAUACAGAGUCUACUCCCCCGGCCACCCAUUGAAUAAUCCUCCCCAGAGAGGCUGGGCAGUGAUUCCGCUGGAUCCGAGAACAUUCAGAAGACAAAAGCUGAAGGAGGACGCAUGUGGGUGCGAGCCCGGCUCCGCCCUUAUCGCGUCCAGAACCAUACUGGAUGUGUCUCAUGCGAUUGAAAACGUCCCGGAUGCUUCGCAAAUUUUUUUCUAUGAUACCCCCGCAUCCAAGCAAUCCCGCGGCCUGGGUGACCUAAUCGAAUGUUUACCUGAGGAUCUCUUCUGCUCGGAUUCUGCAGGCCCCUCCCAAUCUGGGAAGCAAGAAGACCAUGCUGAUGAUGAGUCACCUAAUGACUCGGAUUUUGAUGACGGCUCCCAGCGACUGACCCGAGCAAAGCGUCCUUUGGCCAGCUUAUUUGAGGAAGAGGAUGAACCUCCCGCUGGGAUGUCAUUCAUCUAUCCCGAAUUCUUCCACGGCUUAGGGGGUCUCUCUGGCAAAGACUUACAGAUCCUUGAAGAGCGACCUGUGCACCCCGCGCACCAGCCACAGUUCUUCCCUACAAUUCACUUCUCCGAGCACCAUAUCAGCAUGGCUCCCUACCCAGUUGAUUCGGACUUUCACUUACUAAGCCGGAAUCCAUUAUUUCAGCGUUUCACCCUCGAUCAAGAAAUGCACUCGGCUUGCGAUCGCUUUAACAUGGUCAAAUACAUCCCUGACAUGGGGAUUGUAAUUGCAGCGUCUCAGAAAGGUCGCGUGGCGAUCAUUUCUCUGACUUGGCAAGAGGACAUUGGCUAUGCAUUUCGCCUGGAUCGAAUCGUCCCAUUGGCUUCCCAAGAGGAUCACCACGAACGACCGAUGACUCCGCUUCUCGGUAUGGCCGUAGGUCCAAUGCCAGGAUAUGAAAUUCCGCAAGAUGUACCCUGCAUCCCACGUGGUGUUGACCCUGAUGAUUGGCUUGAAUUCAACUACCGCAUACUCAAUCCAGAAGAUGACACUUCUUCAUCUUCUCCCACCUCGGCUGACGCUAUUCCUUCUGCUGGUGAGGACGCGGGUGCGCGCACGGGCGCGGUUUCCUUCACGUAUCGACGGCGAUCCAUGGAAAGUAGCGACUUCGACGAGGAGGCUAACGAAGGGGCCAAGCCGCUGUCAGACUCAGGGUCUGAGAAACAGAAAGAGUCUCAAGGCGAUCAUUCAAGCGUCUCGAGCUCAUCCAAUGAUAUUGGCGAAUUUACACUUCCAGAGCUUCAUGCAUUCGCCUCCCGGAGUUACCGUCCGGAUGAAAAUUGGCAUGGGACGCAGCCGUCCCGACGCUACAGGCUCAUCUUGCUCUUUUGUGACCACACCGUCAUGACAUACGAAUUUUGGCACAAUUGGGGGAGUGAAGCGAACCAAGAGGGAGCUGAUCAUAUUGCCUAA